AACGGGGGACUUUUGCCUAAAGAAAAUCGGGAGAAAACAGAAUGAAGCUGCGAGAAUUGGAGAAGGAAGGAACAACUGUGUGUUGGAAAGGGUAGAAGCUAAUAACAGAGAAGAGCAGGAACUCUUCUGACGAAGUCCCAGACGGAGGAAGAGAGCGCCGAGCAAACACAGAGAAGUCUCUCAGAGAGGCUGGUGAAACGGAGAGCGGGUGACCGAGCUGCUUGGCCAGGAAUAAUCAGAAACAGGAAGGAGGAGGAGGGUUGAGGAGACAUGGUAAUUUACGUUGAAAUCCAGCUUCUCUCUGGUCACUCGUCUAUUGGUUUUGUACGUUGUUACAUGGAGUAGGUUCUUUUGACUUUUGAAUGCAUGUUUAAUUAGGAGAUGCAAAUGAGGGUGGAAAAUAGAAGUAGAAAGAAGCUAGGAAGGAAAGAGGAAGUUUUGGUCAAGAAGGCUCAAAAAUGAUAGAGAUGAGAAAUGAAGAAAGAAAGUGCUCAGGGAAAAAGAUUAAAAAGAUGAAGGGAUAUAAUAAUCUGAGAAGGAAUAGUGAUGUGAAAAUAUGAAAAGAACAAAUACCAACAAAGGUAGGCAUAAAAGAUUUAGAAAUAAAGAUCCAAAACAGAAAAGAAAAAGAUGGAAAUAGUAAGAAAUCUAUAAAGAAAAGAAAGGGAAAGAAUAGGAUAAAAUGAUUUUAGGAGAAUGAAAGAUGAAAGAAAAUGAAGAUGUGAAGAAAAAUUAAAAAUCUGAGAGAUGAAGGAAAGAAAAGUUAGGGUUGUUUGUGUUGCUGGAAUCAAAGAUUUUGUAGCUGUUGAAUUGGUAAAUGUUACUGGUGUAAGGGAUGUUCAUUGUAUGCCAUAUAUAUGCACUGUUGGUCCAAGGAGGAUUCAUUCCUUCUCUCCACCUUCUUCAAUACAAUUGAUUGUGGCUUUUGCUACUACUUCUGCGAGAGGAAACAAGAUACAGCUUUUUCCUAGCCAAUUUCGACCCAUGUUGAGAAGUGGAAGACCUACACCUUUUGUGCAAAAUUUGCCUUUUUUGUCAUUGAUUCCUUGUCAAGCAAAAAAAGAUGACACAGAGGAAAGCCUAAGUGGUGAAAACAUCAUAUCAGUAGAGCAAACCUUAAGACGGAAUCUGCAAAUUGCCAUUGAGGAAGAAAACUAUGCCCAAGCAGCAAAAAUUAGGGAUAGCCUCCGAACACUUCAUGAAGAUAGCAAAGCCUCAGUUUUGGCUGCAAAUUCUAGGUUUUAUGAUUCAUUUAGGAAAGGGGAUCUUGCCAGCAUGCAAAACCUUUGGGCAAAAUUGGAUAAUGUGUGCUGUGUGCACCCGGGUGCGAAUGGGAUAACUGGUUAUGACUUUGUCAUGGAAAGUUGGGAAGUUGUAUGGAUGAACUAUGAAUUUCCCCUUGAGAUUGAGUUGAAAGAUGUCCGAGUUCAUGUUAGAGGAGAUGUAGGAUACGUUACCUGCAUGGAAUAUGUUAAGACAAAAGGUAGCAGUUGGGGUGGACAGUUUGUGACAAACGUAUUUGAGAGGAUCAAUGGCAAAUGGUUUAUUUGUAUUCAUCAUGCUUCUCCUGUUGACUUGUGAGGACAUCAAUUCAAAUUCUCAUCUCUAGGAAACUAGACAGUUACAAAGAAAGGGUCGUCAUCUCCCUUUGCACUUGAUGACUUUGAUCAAUUUGUUUGUGGAUUCAUCUUUGUGAUUUUGUAUCGCAACAGAGUAUUUCUUAACACUCGUAUUUUCCUUUGGUAUUUUCUUAAGAUUUGUGUUUGGUUCAAAUGCAAAUCCACAUAUUUAUGGUAGUAGUUGUGGCAGCAUGCGGAACUGCACUGGGAUAUUCAAUUGCGUAGUCCAACCGAAAAGAAAGGCUCUAAGCUGAGACCUCAAAGGAGGCUGGACAAAUGGGUCGGGUCAGAUUGGGUCAAUUUGGGUAAUGAGUCAUUGUGGAUCAGGUCUAAAUAGGUUACGGUUGCUGACCAAACCUGACCCAAUAUGGGUAAGGGUCAACUUGUUGGAUCUGCGGUUGUGAAAAUGAACCAAAAUCUAAGCGUGUUUAUGAGAAAACCCAAGGGUUGCAAUUUAAGGAACACCUAAUCUCUAAUAUUUAACUCUUUGUCCUGUCUAUGCUAGUCAAGUUAGAGUUUCAUUUUAUGUUGAGCUUUGUUCAAAUGAUGCUUUAGUGUUUGUAUCAUAGCUUCCCUUGCUUGUAAACUUUUAUCCACUGACGCAAUGUCUAAAUCACCAGAUGGACCGGCCAUAUUAGACUAAUUGAAGGCUCCGAGUAGUUGUGUGGAAUUGUAAUUGAAAGAUAGUUAUUGAGGUGAAGAGGUAUAAGCAUUGGGAUUUGCAUGGGGAUUGAGAGAUCAUUAGAAUAAAUUGGCGGAAUUUAGCAAUAUCUCAAUUGGAAGUUUGUUUGGUUUUAUGGAAUAAGAUGUUAAACAUUUA